CGCAAUACACACGAACAUUGCUACGGCUCAAAACUUCAUAAGGGCGUCCAGUAAAAGGGCCUGAGCCCUCUGCUGCAGCCGCCGGAAACGCUAUCGUGACGAUCUCCACCCGAGCCCCGGAAGCAAAUCUGACAAUCUCCCCUCUUCGUUCAAGUUCACCACCCUCUCUUCCAACAACUCGCGAUGAGUAAGGCCGAAUCUGUUACCCCUCCGCCCGAUAACAGCAACCCAGCCUCCCCAUCCCCUACUGAGCCUCAAAACAAUGGCCAUGGGAUUUACUCCAAGAGCAGAAACGCCCGUGCUCAAGCGCGUCAUCGCGCAAAGAGAAAGGCUUACAUUGAACAGUUAGAAGAGUCAGUUACCAUGCUGCAAUCAACUUUAGCUGCCCAGGAAUGCAGUGCGGCGGGACUAUCAACUUACCGCAUGGUUGAGCUCGAGAAAGAGAAUGCUGCCCUCCGUCAGGAGAUUCUUCAUCUCCGUAAUCAGAUAGCCGACCUCACUCGAGUUACCCCUCAGUCUCACCAGCAAGGAUCACAACAUUUUCCAAAUGAUGACUCAACUUCUUUGCACGAUUCGAAAAGGAGGAAGCGAUCUAUUGAAGAAUACUUGGGGGCUGACCCGUCUGUGACCCUCAGUGGACGCGAUGGGAACAUCAUCAAUCCUGGUGGUUUCCGCGAUGAUGCUCGCUCUGGUCAUUCCAUCACUUCUCCGAUGUGCUCCCCAGGGCCUCGGCCUCAGCUGCAACUAUGUGUGCCUCAAGGCGGCUACUCCCCGGAGGGAUCAUACACACCCAACAGUGGCCAUCAUUUCUCUGGAACGAACACUAUGGCUUAUACAUCUUACCACGCACAGAAAUCCCUGGACCCUUCUGUCAAUUCGUACCAAAACGUGACUUCACCACCUGCGUAUGAUUAUCGACAACCGUCCUCUUCCGCAUCGUCGGCGCCUUACUCCUUAUUACCUUCCCCUAUUUCUGCCAACAGUCAGGGCAACAGCCCGGAUCUUUGGUCAAAUGCGUGUACGACGUCGGGCGGUAUAGGUUCUGGGCAUCAGUAUCAACUAGCUCCAAUACCCACACUCAAUAACCCACUUCAUUACUCGACAUCGCCUCCUUCAGGGCACUGGAGCACUCGUUCUCACGUUCGUUCUCCUUACAUCGCCAAUGCGUCCUGAAUUUGUGUCACUGAAUAGGUUCCUUGAAUUCGUUGUUAAAUUAUGUGGGACAAAGAUUGAUGAGUGUUAGAUAGCAUGUUAUCUGGAAGUUUGUUCGCCGCUCCCUGCUCUCUUUUCGUCUUCCGCCACCUUCCUAACCCCCCCAAAACCAAAACAGCGUUCUCAUGUCUAAACCAGGCGCGUCCCCCCCUUCUCAUCUGGUAUAUUUAUCUUUAUGGGAUACCCACAUAAAUGCCGGCCCCCUGUAUCUUGUGGUUUUCUAUAUUUGUUGGUCGCCUCUGCGUACGUGCAGUUUGCUUUUAUAUGAUUGAAUCCGGAGCGGCGUCUCGAUGUCAAACCUUCCU